UCAGUUACUUCUUAACAGUAUGGUUUAAAAAAAGUUCUAUCAAUUAAUUAAAGAUAAACAUAGUAAAAAAAGAAUAAGUAAAUCAUGAAUUUCUUGUCAAUUUUUCUUCUUAUUGGAAGCAGUUUGUGUAUGGAAAAUGAUUUCAAAGGGUUUGAUGACACUAUUUUGUUUGGUAUAAAUUGGCCCGGUUCGGAAAUACUUGGAGAUGAAAAUAAUAUACUGGCAGAGAGCAAGGAAGUAGUGACGGUUACAACAACCAACAAGGAGAAAUAUAAAUGCCAUCUACCAGAAGUGCACAAGAAACAGGCAUCUAACAUUGAAGAGUAUGAUGGCCCAUCCCCAAUUAUUCUACUGCAACCAUUAUUCUCUCAAAAGAUCUGUUCAUACAGACUGGAAACAUACUGGAGUUAUGAAAUGUGCCAUGGUCGAUACAUCAGACAAUAUCAUGAAGAAAGAGAAGGGAAACAAGUGAAAACACAAGAGUAUUUUUUGGGACAUUAUAAUGCUAAUAAAGAUAAGAAAGAAACAAAAGAUGAUCAAGAAAAGAAAGCUGUUAUAAAGACAACCCAAGUUGAGGGCAUGACCCUGCCAUGCUUAGAAAUUGAUAUGGAUGAUGGCACAGUCUGUGACUUAAAUGGAAAACCCCGGCACACUAAAGUGCUUUAUGUUUGCUAUGCCCAUGGGAAACAUGAGGUGUAUUCAUUUAAAGAGAUUUCAACCUGUGCGUAUGAGGCCAUCAUACUAUCACCAUUACUAUGUGAACACCCUCAUUUUAAACCAAAGGACAAGAAUGAGAAUAUCAUCAACUGUAUACCCGUUGACGAUGCACCCAAAAAGCCUAGAAGCUUACUAAAACAUGAGGUUGAAAGUCUUAAGUUUCAGCAACAAAGCUUAAAACUAGUCAAUGAAGAUGAUCAUGUUAGGGAUGUCUUAGCCGUGUUGAAAGUUGAAAAAAUCGAUGAGGAUGGGGAAGCGCAUUUGAAAUUGGAACUGCAUCCGUUGUCGGAGGAUGUGGAUGUAGAGGAGGGUCACCGGUCCACAUCGACCACCACAUCGGAAAAACCACCACCAAUUACUGACGAUUCGCCCGUCCGAGCCUUCCUGAACGGAGAGAACUGCUUGAGCGGGGGCACCGGGUGGUGGAAGUACGAGUUCUGUUACGGCCGGCAUGUGGAGCAGUACCACGUGGACCGCACCGGCGAGAAGACCACGCUGCUGCUGGGCAGGUUCCAUGAGGACGCCCACAUCGCCUGGAUCAAGGACAACCGCGGGAAGGCUCCGCAAUCCAAAGACAAGCGCACAUCAAUAUCACAUUUCUACUCUGACGGCGACUUCUGCGACGAGACUGAAAAGCCGCGCCAGACUGAAGUCAAACUGAAAUGCGUGAGGAACUCCUCCACGCCUGCUCAAGUGUCCCUCUACCUGCUGGAGCCCAGGACUUGUCACUACAUCCUCGGAGUGGAGUCACCCCUCAUUUGUGAUAUACUCCCCCACGUAGACGAAUACGGGCUCGUCAGAACCACGAAGACAGAAGAAACUGAGACCAAAGAAGUGAGCGCAGACGAAGAAACGAAAGCGAAGGAUUCAAAUAUUGGUUUUGAUUUGAAUUAAUAAACUGUUGUUGUAUU